AUGGCCGGUCCCCUUGCACCUGAGAUUGUCGAUUUAGCAAAUGAUUCAGACGACGACGUAGCGGAGAUAGCUGUUCGGCCUGUUUCACCUGAAACAAGAGCUGCUCGGCAAAUUGCGAGGCAAAACCGGAGGCGCAACCGUCCAGAUUCGAGUGACGAUUCCGAUGUCGAGAUUCUGGGGUCCCACCAGCUCUCAAUUCAGGAACGACACAGGCGAGCUAUCGCAUUGCAUUCGAGACACGGGAUGCCUAUUUUAUUUACUGCUCGCAAUCGUCGGAACCGUGACAGCGUACUGGCCCGGUUUUAUGGCGUUUCUCCCUCUCCAGGCAGAGGAUAUACUAAUGGGGUUGAUUUUGGCAACCCAGACUCACCAUAUCCCCGCGAAGACCAAGGGGAAGAUGGGUUUUUUUCAGACUACGAGCAGGCGCGGACGCCUCCGGACUACCUCGAACCUGAAGAUAUGACGCUGUACAUCAGGAAUGAAAUUGGUGUGGCCACCACUCCCACAAACUAUGUGCUUGAUCUUAUUAUUGAAAGGGCAGAAGAAGCCCUGGAAGCUUUCUCCUAUUUUCCGUCGCUGAACGGCGAUCUCUCCAGAGCCGUUUCCAAAGUUUUAAGCGUAAACUCGUUUCCUCCAAGUUGGGCUCGUCUAGUGGCUCGAAGGCUAGGCAUCCGAAGACAACGAGCAAUAUCUCUGCGAGAUUUCACUUUGGCUAGUGAAGAUUUACAUCGGGCCAUCAACAACUCCUUAAUUGACACAGAUGCAUUCAAGCCCCCAGAUAUGACCCAGCUGCGCCUGCCCAAGAAGCCCACUGAAACAAGAGAGGGCUUCACCAGAUCGCUACAGGGCUCUCCCAAAGUUGCCUGUGCCGGCUGUGAAAACGAAGUGGGUGUUUCAGACGAGACUCUUACCAGCGAGGAAGCUCGCCGUCUCUCGGGACGUAUUUAUUUUCGGUCGUGUGGACAUGUUUACUGUGGCAAGUGUGUACAUUUGAUCAACACCAACAGUGCCCCAUUCCGGGGCUGUGCUGUGACCGGCUGCAAAUCGACUAGCCGUGUUAAGUUCUGUCAAAUCUACCAUUGA